AUGUACGCGAUUCUCUUGUUGAUCCUCGUGCCUUUGAUCUUUGAAUGGAUCCGACGUCGGCGGGAACACUUCAAGUACUUCGUCAAGCUAGGAGUGCCCGGACCCAAGCCGAAUCUCAUAUUCGGAAACCUGUGGCCGAUUUAUACUAAGCUGCAUGUGCACGCUUUGCGAGAAUGGCACGAGGAAUUCGGACCGAUCAUAGGAGUGUUUUUUGGAUGGAGACCCGUCCUAUGCGUCGCGGACACCGAGCUCCUCCGGAGUAUCGAAGUGAAAGACUUCACGAACUAUAUGGAUCGCCUGGAAAUCUGGGGGCAUUCAGGUAACCUGAAUUCCAUAAUCACACUGACAGGCCAGCGAUGGAAGUCCUCGCGACAAUCCAUAACACCUUCGUUCACGAGCACUAAACUGAAAUCGCUUCACGAGCCGAUGUCGGAAAUAAUCGACGAAUUCAUCGUUACGCUCGAGAAGAGUUGUCGAGACAACAGGGAAGUCGAGUUUUACGAGCUGGCUCAAGCUCUCACAUUGGACGUCAUCAGUCGCACGGCUCUCGGCGCGAAUUAUGGCUUGCAGAAAAAUCUCCGACACCCAAUGCUUUCCCGAGCAAGAGCGUUUUUCGACAUUAAACUCGACCCGCUCUUCCUUCUUACAAUGGCAGUGCCAUCGACAUUUGGCCUGACAGUGUUUCUCAAGAAUCUGCAGUUCCGGUGGCUGAACCGCAAGGAGCAUUUCGCCAACCCUCGCGUUCUGCUGACGGAACAGACUCGCAAAGUUGUUCAAGCCCGUAGAAACGAUACCACCACGCGGAGGAAGGAUCUGCUCCAAUUAUUGAUGGAAGCCAAUGCGCAUUCGGGCGCCGGGAAUGUAUCCGCCGAGGAGCUCACUGCGGGCGACCAAGCCGACGCCUUCGAGGAAGAGAAGCAAUCCAGCCGGAAAUCCAAAAGGGAAAAUCAGCAGGAGAGGGGCUUAUCCGACGAAGAGGUUGUCCAAAACGCGUGGAUCGUCAUGCUAGCCGGGUACGAGACUACGAGUGGAACCUUGGCUUUCCUAGCGAGCAUCAUGAUGGAGUUCCCGAAUAUACAAGAAAAAUUGCGCGAAGAGCUACUCACUCAUAUAAAGGAUGAGAAAGAGCUAGGGGAUUUCACAAAGCUGCAAAGGCUCCACUACAUGGAAGCUGCCAUCAUGGAAACCCUGCGAAUGUUCCCACCGGUCAUCACAUUUCUGACUCGAGUCGCCGCGGAGGAGCACCAGUAUAAAAAUUUAGUAAUACCGAAAGGCCAGGUCUGUUUGGUCUCCAUACCGGGAUUGCACUGGAGUGCACAGUACUGGGCGGAUCCAAAUGACUUCAAACCAGAACGAUUCCUGCCUGAGAAUAGAGCGCACAUAGACAUGUUGGCUUGGCAACCAUUCGGUGCUGGUCCCAGGAAUUGUGUAGGAAUAAGAUUCGCUCAGAUGGAGAUCAAGAUCGCCCUCGCAAAACUUCUAUGGAGCUACAGAGUGGUGAAGACACCUCGGACACCGAAGUAUCCACCGAGACGCGGGCAGUUCAUGGGCCUCCUCCGGAUGGUGGAACCUCUCUACUGCAAAUUCGAGCGAGUCCGAUGA